AUGAAGUUCUCCGCCUUCUUGUUCGCAGCUUCGCUUGUCGUGGCUGCUCCUACUGUUGAGCCGCGCCAGUCCAGCAACAGCAUCAACAAGCUGAUCAUCAACAAGGGGAAGAAGUACUACGGCACCAUCACAGACCCCACCCUGCUCAACAACCAGCAGAAUGUUGCCGUUAUUAAGGCCGACUUCGGCCAGGUCACCCCUGAGAACAGCAUGAAGUGGGAUGCCACUGAGCCCAGCCAAGGCCAGUUCAGCUUUACUGGUUCCGAUCGGGUUGUUCAGUUUGCCCAGCAGAACGGCCUCAAGGUCCGAGGACACACUCUUUUGUGGCACUCCCAGCUGCCCCAGUGGGUUCAGAACAUUCGUGAUCGCAAUGUUCUCCAGCAGGUCAUUGAGAACCACAUCAAGACUGUUGCUGGUCGGUAUAAGGGCAAGAUCUACGCCUGGGACGUAGUCAACGAGAUCUUCGCCGAGGAUGGCAGCCUCCGCGACUCUGUCUUCUCCCGAGUUCUUGGUGAGGAUUUCGUGUCUAUUGCCUUUAAGGCUGCGCGCGCUGCCGACCCCAACGCCAAGCUCUACAUCAACGACUACAACCUCGACCGCGCCCAGUACAGCAAGGUCGCUAACGGCAUGGUCCCUAAGGUCAAGAAGUGGCUUGCUGCCGGUAUCCCUAUCGAUGGCAUUGGUUCCCAGACCCAUCUCGAUGCUGGCGGUGCUGGUGGUGUACAGGGUGCCCUUCAGGCCCUUGCCAGCAGUGGUGUCUCAGAGGUCGCUAUCACCGAGCUCGAUAUUGCUGGUGCCCCUUCCAACGACUACGUUACUGUCACCCAGGCCUGUCUGAACGUUCCCAAGUGUGUUGGUAUCACUGUCUGGGGUGUUCGUGAUACUGACUCGUGGCGAGUUGGCAAGAACCCUCUACUCUUCGACGCCAACUUCCAACCCAAGCCUGCCUACAACGCCAUUGUCCAGGCUCUCAAGUAA